GAUAGAAAAAGAUCAGCAGCCGAAGAAAUAUCGAAAAUUUUCAAAAUGGUUAAGAGAUUAUAAAGAUAAUCAAACAAUUAUAGUAUUAUUCACGAUAUUAGCAGGAGUUGAUAUUUCACAUUUAGAAUUGCUUGGAUCAAAAUUACGAAUUGGAAUUCCAGGUCUUAAUUAUUGUGGUCUUGAAACUCGAAAUGUUGACAUUAAUUUUAAUGCUAAAUUAUCUCCUGCAGCAGAAAAUGGUUUAUUUUGGGGUGAUGUCAUUAAUAUUUUCAUUGAAGAUCUUUCUGCAAUAUUUAUUCAGUGUUUUUAUUUGUCUCAAGUUGUAUCAUUUGGUUACACGCCUAUAUACACUAUUGCAAAAUCUGUUAUACAUCUCGGUACUAACUCACAUCACAUAUAUCAAUAUAAACGUAAUCAUUCCACCAACCCGUGUAAUCCCAGUAAUUCUGCUGCAGAAGAAUGAAUGGAAAUGCUCAAAACUUGAUUAAUAAUUUUGUAAAAUAACCUUCCAAAUAAAUCUCUCAUCGUUCGAUCAAUAUAA